ACCCCGAGGUUUGGGAAAACCCUUCGGAAUUUGAACCGGAGAGGUUCUUGAAAGAGCCAGAAAAAGGUGAUUACCAUGGAAACUUUUUUUAUUUUCUUCCUUUUGGGUCUGGGAGGAGAAUUUGUGCGGGACUUCCUCUAGCUGAGAGAAUGAUGAAGUAUGCGUUGGCUACUCUGUUGAACACUUUUGAAUGGGAAAUACCGAUUGAGGUGGAGCUUGAUGUAUCUGAGAAAUUUGGAGCUGUUAUGAAGAAAAUGAACCCUCUUGUUGCCAUUCCUAUUCCAAGAUUAGCUACUUUGGAGCAAUACUACUGAGGCUAGGUCCUUGAUGGCGUUUACCCACUAUCGUAAAACUCAUUGCAAAAGAAGAGAAUCGGUUAAAAUAAUAUUAUUAUCAUAUAUGUUUAUGUAAGUCUGCAUAUAUUUUAAAGUAUGUGUGAUUAUGGACAUAAUUAUAUACCUUGAUUGUGUAUAAUUGUUAUGUUUAUGUAAGUAUGAUCUUUUAGCUCUAUUGAUCAAUUUUAAA